AUUAGAGGCAUAGACAAGGAACUUGAAGCAUGGCCAAGCAUCAUCCUGAUUUAAUUAUGUGCCGAAAGCAGCCAGGAAUUGCCAUUGGACGACUUUGUGAGAAAUGUGAUGGGAAAUGUGUAAUAUGUGACUCGUAUGUGCGUCCUUGCACACUUGUGCGUGUUUGUGACGAAUGCAAUUAUGGAUCCUUCCAAGGUAGGUGUGUUAUUUGUGGAGGAGUGGGUAUUUCGGAUGCCUACUAUUGCAAAGAGUGCACGCAGCAAGAGAAAGAUAGGGAUGGGUGCCCAAAAAUUGUUAAUUUAGGGAGUGCCAAAACAGAUCUGUUCUACGAACGCAAGAAAUAUGGAUUUAAGAAAAGAUGAUGAGGCUAUGGGCUGUGCUCCUUGUAUGCCCUUGUUUACUAGACUAGAAAAGGCCCUAUUUAAACUGUUGUAACAAUCUCUUGAGGGUAGAGUAAAAAUUGACCCAGUCACAAGUUAUGAUGAACCGCCAUUGAUUACUGAACUGUUAUGACAUGGAUGUUUAACUGAACUGACAGUAUUGCUUGUAAUCCAAUGUUCUUGGAUUGCUUUUGAGGAAUGUUGUACUUAAACUUCUUUGAUGUUGAGACUUUCGCAGGCUAGUUUUAUACGCCUGAGCUCUUCUCGUUGUGGACCUUACAAUUAGGAAAAAUGUCUUAAUACAAAAAUGCGAGACUGCACCACAUUAAGUUUUUAA